UCUGGUUCCACCCCAGGACUCAGUUCUGGACUCUCCUGAGCCCUGGAUCUCACCAUGGACCUGUUGCUGCUAUUGUUGCUUCUGCUGCCCCUACUCUGGAGGGGAACCAUCUCUCAGAAUGCGGACCAUGGGAUUCACGUCCCGGCGUCGGUGACUGUGCAGGAGGGGCUGUGCGUCUCCAUCCCCUGCUCCUUCUAUUACCCGCAGCGAUACAGGAAUAACAAGACCGUUCACGGAUACUGGUACUACCACGGCUACUGGAACAAGAGGUAUCUCGUGGCCACCAGCGACGGCCAGGUGAAGGCCGACCCCUGGGCCGGAGGCCGGUUCCUGCUGGCUGGGGACCCCCGGAGGGACAGCUGCUCCCUGCACCUGAUCGGAGCCCAGAAGGGUGACGCGGGGACCUACUCGUUCCGGGUGCAGAAGGACAACAUGGCUUACAGUUACACCCAGAAGAUGGUAUCUAUCCAGGUAGCUGAUCUAACCCAGAGGCCGGAGAUCCACCUGCCGCAGGUCCUGCGGGCCGGGCUCCCCGUGAAUCUGACCUGCACGGUUCCCGGGGCCUGCAGAGGAGGGACAGCCAUCGCCUUCCUCUGGACCGGGACCGCCCUGUCGGCCUCCCCGGCUCUCUCGGCCCCCCGACUCCUCUUCACCCCCAAGCCUCAGGACCACGGCACUAGUCUCACCUGCGAAGCCACCUUCAGGGACUUGGGCGUGACCACGAGGACCACAGCCCAGCUCAGCGUCCUCUACCCUCCCCAGGCCAUGAAGAUCGUUGCUUCCGUGGGGAAUGGGACAGGCUCGGCUCUCCCGAGAAACGCCUCCUCCCUGGUGGUCCUGGAGGGGGGAUCCGUGACCCUGGCCUGCUCCUCGCACAGCAAGCCCCCGGCCACGCUGAGCUGGGCUCGCGGACACCACGUGCUGAACUCCAGCCACAGCCCGGGGGCCGGGGUCCUCCACCUGGAGCUGUCCCACCUGGGGGGCGAGGCCGGCGGGGAGUACACCUGUCACGCCAGGAACCCGCUGGGGAGUCAGAGCUACUCAGUGAGGCUCUGCGUGCAGACCCUGACCCAGAGGCCAGAGCUGCAGGUCCCAGAGAUCCUGGAGAGGGGGAAGCCGGUCACCCUGACCUGUCUGGUCCCCGGGCUCUGCAGACAAGGGAAGCACUUCUCCUUCCUCUGGAGCGGACCUGCCCUCUCCUCGCGCGGCCCCGCCCCGCUGAACACCUCCAGACUGCUCUUGGUCCCCCACGCCCAGGACCACAGCACCAACGUCACCUGCCGGGUGGUGUUUCCCCAGGCCCGAGUGAGCUUGGAGAGAACCGUCCGGCUCACGGUUAUCUACCCUCCCCAGAAUGUGACCGUGCACGUGUCCCGGGCAAACAGAACAGGCCUAGAAUUACUAGGAAACACCUCGUCCCUGCAGGCCCUGGAGGGCGAGUCCCUGACUCUGGUCUGUGCCACAAAAAGCAACCCCCCAGCCGCCCUGCUCUGGGCCUACAGAGACCAAGUCCUGCGGGCCCCGGAGGGCUCCGAUGCUGGGAUCCUGCCCCUGGAGCUGCCCAGGCUGAGCCCCAAGGACAGGGGCGAAUACACCUGCCGAGCUCAGCACCCCCUGGGAGCCCAGCAGCACACAGUGAAGCUCUGUGUACAGACCUGCUCUUGUUGCCCUGUUUCUGAGGAGGAGGAUGGCUCCUGGCCUUUGAUCUUCACCCUGCUUCGAGGAGCCCUCAUGGGAGUCGGCUUUCUUCUCACCUAUGGCCUGACCUGGCUCUAUUACACCUGUCGGGUCAGCCAGCCUCCGGAUACCACAGACAAGAGCGAGCCCAUUGGCAUCUACUCAGUCCCUGAGUGGUACGGAUCCCUGGAUGUGCCAAAGCUGGAGACCUGUGGAAAAAAAUCUCAAUAGCCAGCACCUCGUGGAUUUUAUAUACUUGCUCUUCCCUCAGCAGUCUCGAAAGCUGAACCAUCCUUGCCGUGAUAGCCUCAGUCUUGGGGUGAUAGCCUCCGACAUUCCCCAUGUCAUUCCAAGAAAUGAGGAAAGUACCUAGACCAAGCCUUCCCUGAUCAGGAAUCCUCUGGACAACUUUCCUGAAAGGGGCUCAUGCACUUUCUGCUAGGAGGACCCCCCUUGAAGCAACUCAGCAUCUUUAAUAACGCUUAGGAAACUUUAUAAAACCAACAUGGCUUAUGUCUCUACCUCACACUUACCUGGCUUCUCCUGUCCCUGGGGCCCAUCAGAACAAGUCUCAAUCACCUAAUCACCCUUCAAAAUACUUGGAGAAAGCCAUGAUGUCUCCUCUACUUCUCCAAGGUUCCUCCUCUCUGGGCUAAACAUACCCAUUUCCUUCUCAUCACCUUCAAAUGACAUGUUCUCUAGUCCUACUCCUCUCAUCAUUCUGCUGUCUUUCACAAAAAAAACAAAACAAAACAAAAAAAAAACCUAGCAUUUUUGUCCUUAUCCAUCAUUUUGUGAAGUUAAAUUUCAGCUGCCUGUAAGUCACCUGGUUUGGGAGAAGUCACAGGAUUACUCCCCCUCCCAAAGAUGACCUGACUUUAAAGAAUGUCACACAGCUAACUCUCUCCCUCCCCUCAGGGUCUCCCCCGUCUCUCCACCAAUAAGAAACUAGAUGUUUCAAUCCCUAUUAUUCCCUCCAAAUGGUAUAUUAACUAGGAGCCUUGGUCCUGGUUUGUUUCUGCAGCCACGUGCUAAAUAAAUCAUUGCCUGGAUGUCA